GCAGAACCCGCGCCCGGAGCAGAGAGGCGCUCGGGCUCCGCGCUGCGGCCGGACCGAGUUGGGGGCUGGGGGCCGCGGGCUGGCGUCGGGACCGCGCUUCUCGACCCCGAGAGCCUUGGUCGGGUCAGAAUCUCAUUUUCAGCUUCUGCCAGUCAGCAGCAGUUGGGAAAAAAGACUAUUCCUCAAAGAGUGAGCCACAGAGGAGUCAGCCAGCCUACAAAGCAGGAUGGAUCUUGAUGUGGUCAACAUGUUUGUGAUCGCUGGUGGGACCCUUGCCAUCCCCAUCCUGGCUUUUGUAGCCUCCUUUCUACUGUGGCCUUCUGCACUGAUAAGAAUCUACUAUUGGUACUGGCGGAGGACGCUGGGCAUGCAGGUCCGCUAUGCUCACCAUGAAGACUACCAGUUCUGUUAUUCAUUCCGGGGCAGGCCUGGGCACAAACCUUCCAUUCUUAUGCUCCAUGGAUUCUCUGCACACAAGGAUAUGUGGCUCAGUGUGGUCAAGUUCCUUCCAAAGAACCUGCAUUUGGUUUGCGUGGACAUGCCAGGACAUGAGGGCACCACCCGUUCCUCCAUGGAUGACCUGUCCAUAGAUGGGCAAGUCAAGAGGAUACACCAGUUUGUAGAAUGCCUCAAGCUAAACAAAAAGCCUUUCCAUCUGGUUGGCACCUCCAUGGGUGGCCAUGUGGCUGGGGUGUAUGCUGCUUGCUACCCAUCGGAUGUCUGCAGCCUGUCCCUUGUGUGUCCUGCUGGCCUGGAGUACUCAACAGAUAAUCAGUUUGUACAACGACUCAAAGAACUGCAGGCCUCCGCCGCCAUAGAGAAGAUUCCCUUGAUUCCAUCCACUCCAGAAGAGAUGAGUGAAAUGCUCCAGCUCUGCUCCUAUGUCCGCUUCAAGGUGCCCCAGCAGAUCCUGCAAGGUCUUGUUGACGUCCGCAUCCCGCACAACGACUUCUACCGCAAGUUGUUUUUGGAAAUCGUCAGUGAGAAGUCAAGAUAUGCCCUUCAUCAGAAUAUGGACAAGAUCAAGGUCCCGACACAGAUCAUCUGGGGGAAACAAGACCAGGUGCUUGAUGUAUCUGGGGCGGAUACUCUGGCCAGAUCAGUUGCCAACUGCCAGGUAGAACUUCUGGAAAACUGUGGGCACUCGGUAGUGAUGGAGAGACCCAGGAAGACAGCCAAGCUCAUCGUUGACUUCUUAGCUGCUGUGCACAACACAGACAACAACAAGAAGCUGGACUGAGGCCCCAGCUGCAGCCUGCAGCCUGCACUCUGCACACGCAUCCGCUCCCACCCCCCAAUCUGAUGCAACCACAACUUCUCAGGGAUCCUGCCCCAGAUGCAGCCAGAGCGCCAGCGUCCCUGAGCAAAUCAGUCCCCUACCCCUGGUCUCCACAGAGCUUCAGGGGCCACGAGGAAAUCUCCAAGAUGUUUUUCACAAAAUGUAAACUCACAUGAAACAGUGUAAGAAAACCCAGCCAUGAAUUCUACCGAGAUGUCUUUAAGUUCAUAUUGUAAAGCUAUCACCUUGGACCAUGACCACCAUGGACAUUUUCUUUAAGACAUCUGUCACAGACUGAGAUGCGAGUUGUUUCUGUUGCUUUAGAUGUCCUCCCCAGCAUGGUCACUGGCUGUCUUAGGAACAGUAGUCCCCUUUCGCUGAGCUCCUACUGUUUGUGUCUUAUUUAAGUUUUACGUGAGAUCCUUAUGUGAAUACAGCCCAUCAGCUGUAACUCCAGGAAGGAAGCUAGCAAACUGGAAAGUAUUUACAGGCACGGAGGGGCUAUGUUCUAGCCAGUCGUUGGAGCUACCAGAACAGCAGAGAACACAGGUGGGCGUUUGAUCAGCCCCUACAUGUCAGGUUUGUGUCCAGUGAAUCCAGAACUGUCUCAGUACAAAGAACACCCGGCAGGGUGAGUUUCCUGGGAAUAAUUUAUUAUUUUUAACAAUAAGACCACUAAAGCAAUAAUGUUCUAGAAAGCUAUCUAAUAUCAGACCAGGGCUCCAUGCUCAAGCACCUUGUGGCCUCUUUUCUAUUUGCUGUGCUACUGAAAACCCUUGGAUGUAAAAUACUAGCUUGUUAAUGAAUUCUGUGAAUUCUGUGAACAGUAAUGUGAUUGAAAAUAAGUCUAACAGCUGUAAAAGUGACCACAAUAUGACGUGAAAUAAAUUCAGUAAGUCUAGGUCAACAAUAUGCAGAUGGUUUCUAUUUCUUUUUUUAAGAUUUAUUUAUUUAUGCAUACAGAAUACUGGGGUACAGGU